UCAUUAAUCAUCCAUGCGCAUGGGCACUGGGCAAUGAUGAAGCUCAAGUCGGCCCUGCGGAGACUCGUGUCCACGAACCACGGCCCCCACCGUCAUUCAACCGACUUGCCGCGAUGCCUACGUGCGAUCACGUUCCGCGCUGAAGACCGAAAUUACGAGCUUCCUUCCACCAUGCUCAAAAAGAUAUUUGCCUCCCUCAUCCGGUAUAUUCGGAGGAGCCUGCGAAAGCGGGGAUCUGAUUUUCCGUACAGGAAGUCCUUUAUAACGGACAAACGAUCAGUUGCCUGUAGCUGUCUGCUGACACCUUUCUUUCUGCCCACUUUACCUCGGCUCUCGUCGUGGUGGUGAACUGUAUCAUCCAUGGAGGAUGUGGAGAAGCAAGCGGACUGCUCGUCGUUUCGAGGGCCAAGCAUUGAAACAAGUACAUAUGAAAACCUUAAUCGACACAGUGCUUUGCAACCUCCUGACGCGCUAUUACUGCCCUCAAACAUGACAAACCGAGAUGGAGGAUGGGCUGGUUGGUUGUCUGUCUUCGGAGCAUUUCUGGCCCUUUUCUGUUCGUUCGGUCAAAUGAAUGCUUUCGGAACAUAUCAGUCGUGGUAUUCGCAUCAUCAGCUUUCAAGCCAUUCGCAAUUCAGUAUUUCUUGGAUUGGAUCCCUCCAGCUGUGGACAUUCUUCUUCAUGGGAGGACCUAUAGGACGCCUUUUUGACGCCUACGGGCCGUCGCCCGUGAUGCUAUUCGGGACAGUGCUAUUAACUUUCAGCACAUUGAUGACAAGCAUCUCCACGAAAUAUUAUGAAUUCUUAUUGUUCCAAGGCUUCUUCUUUGGCCUUAGUGUUGGAUCGCUCUUCUAUCCCUCUUUAGCAGCGGUUUCCACUCACUUUGAUAAGUAUCGUGCAUCGGCCCUUGGUGUUGUAGCCGCUGGCUCCGGUAUUGGUGGUGUUGUUUAUCCCAUUAUGCUCCGCCAACUCUUCUUGCGCACCGGUUAUGCAUGGGCCGUUAGAGCAUCAACGUUACUUUCUGUGGCAUGUUGUAUCGUGGCCCUUGUUACCGUAAAGAGAGUAGAAGGUCCUAAGAAAUGCUCCGGAUGGAUGGAUGUCAAGAUGCUCAAGGAUGCAUGCUUCAUGUUGCUCGCUACUGGAUCCUUCUUUAUCUGCCUCGGUAUAUUUACACCAUUCUUCUACAUUGUGAUUUACGCCGAGGAUCGAGCACUGGUUUCUCAGAAUACCGGGUUUUACGUUCUGUCAGUAAUGAAUGCUGGAGGUGUAUUCGGCCGCAUCGUUCCCGCGAUCCUCUCCGACAAGAUGGGGCGGUACAACCUCCUUAUGCCCACCUCCUUCUUAGCAGGCCUAUCGUGCCUCGUAUUUUGGAUGCUUGCGAAGACCAUGAUCGCUGUAAUGGGUUUUGCGGCGGUAUAUGGUUUUCUAUCCGGUGCAUUUAUAUCCGUCAUUACUCCGUGCGUUGCACAAAUAUCAGAUAUCAACGAGAUCGGGUCUCGAAUAGGUGCAUUGUAUACACUCAUAUCCAUCCCCUCUCUUGUUGGUGGACCCAUCGCAGGAGCUCUCAUUCAAUGCCAGGGCGGUUCAUACACGGGAGUAAUUGGGUUAUCGGGAUCAAGCAUCAUCAUCGGGUCAUUCUUUAUUCUAGCUUGCAGGCUCAGGAUAAACCGAAACAUCUGCGCAAGAGUGUAGCGAGUUGUAUACCUACAACCCUCGUAUCCUUAUUUUCUAAGUUUUACGACUGGGAAAAUUACAUCUUAACGACGACUUUGAUUCUUGCACUACUAUGUAUGGUGUAAUUAUUCUGUAUUUUUAUCAUUGCGGAAUGCACAGGGCGUUAUCAUGUCAGGGUCGGGUAG